UCUUUCACCUCCCUCCCGUCCUUUCUCUCUCUCUCUCUCUCUCUCUCUCCCCCAUCGUCCACAAAUUCCCCUAUUUAGCAAAUCACGUUUUCUCUGAUUUUUCUUCUUAAUUUGUGAUCUGAAUUUCUCCAUGGAUCUGUGUUUCACUGUUUCUCUUUGUCUUGAUCUUCGAUCUUUCUUUCCAUCGUGAACUCUGGUUCUUCUUUCUCAGUCUUCUUAGAUUAUAUUGCUUUUGAAUCGUGCAAUCCAGUUUAAAAUUUCCAGGAGCGACCAAACUAAUUAACUCUGGGAGCUUGGACUGAUCUCAUGUAUCCAAAACUUCAACGAAAGAUUUUAUUAUGCAAUCUAAAAACAUUUUGGCUACUUCAACCUUAACAUUUCCAGUUCACACUUCUGAAGAUGAAAUUGGGUAAGAUGCAUUGAGCCUCUUAACACUUCUCAAAUUAAAAUAGAAUUUGAUCUUACCAUGUCAGAUCGCGUUGCAAAAUCAGAUCGUGAUAGUGAUGAAACAACUAGGAAAUCUAUGAAUCAUUACCAAGCUGCUUGGAUGUAUCAUUGGAGGUAUGCAAGGGAAAAGCCGUCCACUGAGGUUCACGGUCAUUUGCUGAACUUUCCUGGACCCAAAAAAGUCGAUCAUGAGGAUUCUAAGAAGUAUCCUUUCCUUAACAGGACUGAAAUGGAAACCAAUAUUUUGAAAUAUUCUCAUGAAGAUGUUUCUGAAGCCAGAACAGAUGACACCUUGAAGAAGAGUCUGAAAACAGUUUCAAAGAAGUUGGGUGAAGAAAUUUUGGAUGGACAGCCUCUUCCACCUUCCACCAAUACAGGGAAUAGGGAAAGUUCUUUGUCUUUGAAGAAUAAUGCAGGUACUUUAUCUGAUAUUGAGGCAGUGAGGUAUCAAAUCGAUCUCAAUGAUGGCCAUAAUUCUCUUGCGCUGGGUAAAAGUGAUGGCUUAUAUCCUGAAGGCAUUUCACGGAUUCCUCAGCAGCUGGUCAAGCCUCAUGAAUUUCUUGAAGAAAACAUCUUACCUGUUUCAUUGUCUUUUCAGGAUGAUGUUGGGUCAUGUUCUAAAACUGUACCAUAUGUAAUGCGGAGUGCGGUGGCUCCUACACAAUCUUUCACACAUCAACAUGAAAACAUUGAUAAAUCAAGCCCUGUUGUAGCACCCAAAGAUCACCUCAUGGAUUCUAAACUUUGCAGCUAUUCUAACUUUUGGGUCCAUGAGAAGAAAGCUGAUGCCCUUUUCGAAUCCAGAAGAGGGGGGAGUUCAUUAUCCAGGCAGAAUGUUGCGCCUCUAUUACUGAAUGACCAGUCAAGAAACGAUAGUCAGAAUAAGCAGAGUCAGAAAGUGGAAACUGAUUCUUGUAUUAGAUUGCUUCCAAGCUUGGGUGGUCCUGAGGCAAAGAAAUCAGGAAAAGCAGACGAUGAACAUUUCUUGCUGCCGAGAAUACCUUGUUCUGUUCAUGAUGUCAAGACUAUGGGAAUAUGUACCACUAUUGAUUCUAUGGAAGAACUACCCACAGAUCCUUCCAAGAUUUCUCAGACAACUCACCAAUUUUUCAUUACAAAGAAAACUGGUGCUAACUUAACUGAAGGAGGACAAGAGUUCAGAGAUACCACAGUCUCUCCCAAAUUGAAGGGAAAUAUGUUCAAUGAGUUCCUGGGCUUAUCUCCCAGUUUCAGUUUCCAUGGUCAGGAAGGAAUUAAACUGCAACCUCUGGAGAGCUCCACGGGUAAUGAAAGAAAAGAAAAUGCUGGGGAUGUCGGAACUUCUACUGUUUGUUUAAAGAAUGAAUCAUCAGUUGAAACUGAUACGAUGGAAUUGGAUGUGUUCCAGAAGAGCCUUCUUUCAAGUGUGGCUUUCUGUCCAUCGGACCAGAACAUCAAGGGAGUUCAUACAUUAUCUGAAACUGAGAAUGCUACUGGAGAAGCUAGGAACAAAACUAACAACAUUGAAUUACCUGACAUGAAUGAUGGGCUUCCUGCACUUCCUGCUGCGGCAAACUCGAUGAAUGAUGGAAUGACAAGCACCUCAAGAACCCAGAGUUUAGAUGCAGAUCAUCUUCUUUGCUAUGCUGAGCAGCCUGCUAAUUCCAAUACCACUGCUUGUCCAGAUGGUGUUUUGGGGCCAGUUCCAAGCAGCAGAUGGGUUAAACGUCUCAAGUUGAACACUUCAGAUCCUUUUGCUUUUGGUACUAAGAGCUCUAGAAUAGGGGAAGUUUCAUCCCGUGAAAAGAUUAACAAGAUCAGCAAAAUCAUGAACUGCAGCGGGACGAGUUCAGAGUCCACAGUGGGUAGAAGCUAUGUGAGACCAAAACUGGCACUUGAUCAAACUCCAGUGCUAUUAAAGAACAAGGACUCCACUUCCAGUGGUUCAGUGAGGAAAAGUCAUGAAAUAUCUCUUUCACGUGCUUGGAUUCACCGAUGGUGUCGUAACAAAGAUGCACCCCGAAACAAGAAGCCUGAUGCUGCAGUGCUAUGUGAACCACAGAGCUCAAAGGCAACUUCAGAUGAACUCCAAGAGAAACAAUUUCCAAGCAUUGCAGCCAUGGCUUUGAUGGGGAAUGCCGUGAACGGUUUUCAUCCUUGUGAGUUUAGAAGAAAGGGGUCUUUGAUAAUUUGGAAUACUUGAGAGAUUUGGAGGCAAUUCUGGCUAAAACCAUCCAUGCUGGAAAAAAACAAGAUGACCUUUAGGUGAUGCCAGUAGUGUUAGUGGUUCUAUUUCUUUGGGUUAUUUUUGGAAGGAUGCUACAUAGGCCUUGUCUUGAAUGAGCACUCGGACCAAAGAUCAAGGAGACAAUCUCAACAACUAUCAUCUUUUCUUGCAAGUUCGAAGAACACUCCAUUUGGAAUGUGAAUCUUCAUAGAUUAGAGUUAAGUUUUGUAAUAAUGAAUCGGGUACGUGUUUGUCAUAAAUACCAAAAAGAUGGAAGGAGUGGUUGGUUAUUUUGUAUUCUGUGGAUUGAGUGCUUUUGAAAUUUACUACUAGCCUAGGAACAUCAACUAUUUCAGUAAUGUAAUGGCCUAAUGUGUGUAUCAAAUAUGUGUCCGGUCUAGAGGAUCAUUUCCAUA